AUGAAGCCCGUGAAAACUUCACCUAAAACAACCAAUUUACGAAAACUUCCAAAGAGCUGCACUUCAAUUGACCGAAACGAUAUCAGUCCAAAAUUGAAUGUGCUGCCCAAGUUAUGGAGUGCUCUUAAAAAAGUAGACUAUCAAAUCAGAGUUGAAAGUUUCUCUAAAUCACCUCGUGAGAGAGUUUCCGCCUCUGAAUCAAAUUUGCCUUCGAAAGAUGUUGUAGACACAGUUUACGAUUUAGAGAACGAUAUAUCUGCACAGGGUGACGAGAAAACGUCUUCAGAUAUGCAAUAUUCUUCUAAAUCUAAUCAAAAAUGCGCUAAAGUUUUAGCAAAUUCUAAAGGUCAUUGUAAUAAUUUACAAACGAUCUCAAAAGAUGAUAAAAAUAACAAAUGCUGUAACAAAGCUUCUAAGAAAUCACUGGAAGCUUUACAGUCACCGAGUGAUUUAGACACAAUUACAAAGCAGAUACGCGAUAUUCAUACUGAAACACGUAAAAGUACUAGAAUUAUUAGAGACUCAAGAGUAAGACUCACCGAGAUACGAAAGAAAACAAAUCUAACUGAAGCCGAUAUAAAGGAACUCGGGGAAAGAAAUGAAUUGCUUCUUCGGGAAAUGGAACGCUUCGACCGCCUCACUAAAACUAUACAAAAACUUCUCGGAGAAGAAGUAUCGCAAAUGAGAAAGUCCAAGAAUGAACAAAACGAACACUCUAAAGCUAACGCUUACAUCCCAAGUGAUAUCUACGAUUCGCCGAUAUAUCAAGAAAUGAAAAUGGACCACCCAACCAUAGUUUUAGGUGUCCGUAAAGACAAGGCACCCGAUCUACCCACUAGAAGUAAAUCUGAAAUUGAUUUAACGCGGAAAUUGUGUGAAAGUUACGACAUGCAGGAGAAGCUGGUCGCGGAUAAUACGGAUUUAGAAGUAAAGAGGUAUAUACUUUAUAAGGAAUUAAUGACGAAGGAUCAAAAUUUGGAAAUUUGUCGAUCUCAAAUCAAAAGACUUCAAGGUGAAUUGAAAUUGAUGAGUAAUGAGAAUGCUUUGCUACAUGAGAAAUUAAAUAAAAACCACCCUGAGGGCGAUGCGACUGCGAUGAACCAAUCUUUAUAUGACCAAGAAGAAGAGAAUUAUAAUCAGGAAAACGGAAAAAUCCCAGUGAAAGACGUCGAGGGCUUACUGUCAAAACUUAAAAACUAUCAAAAUUCAACGUUAGAACUAGAACAUCAGCUUGGUGGUUUGGAAAUCGAAGUUCGCAAUAUUCGCGUUGAAAUGGCGGACGUAAAGGCGGCGGCGGCGAGUGCAUGCCGGGGCGGCGGCGGAGGAAAGAACACGUGCUUCGAACAACCGCCUGGAGGUCCUCCCGUACCCCCAAUGACAAGAGCUUGUGGCGUUUGUCCACCAUGUCCGGCACCAUGCAAUCCAAAUGCUCCUCCGACUCCAGCUGAAAGAGAAGUAGAGAGACUAAAGAUACAGCUUCGACAAACUGAAGAGAGCUUGAAGACAAAAGUCACUGAGUGUGCAAUGCUAAGAACGGAUUUGCUAAAGAAAAAAGAGGAGUUAGAAAAAGAGAGGUGUCAGCACAGAGAGGUUCAAAAUAAGCUAAGAGAACUGGAAAUGAAGUUUGAAGGUCUAACAACACAUACAAAUAUGCUAUUAGGUACAAAAGAACAAGCGUUCGAACAAGAAGUGAACGUGAGAGCUUUAAAACAAUGCUACAGAGAAGCGAGAGACGAGAUAGAUGAAUUGAGAACAUUAAUGAAGGAACAGAAUAAUCAGUUACAAGAUUAUAGAGUAAAGUACCUUCAAGCUCAGCAGUUAGUCGAAGAACAAAGAAGGCAAAUGGAUAUGAUGGAUAUGGACAACACUAGGAUUAGCGAACAGAUAAACCUAGAGAUUCAAAGAGUUAAGAUAAAGUUUCAAGAAAAAUUACAAGAACUGGCGCCUAUCCCUGAUCUUUUGAAAGCUACUCAAAUGAAACUAAAAGAUGCUCAGCAAUCUCAAGCAAUAGCUGAACACAAGGCAGAGCAAUUAGCUAGAGAAUUAAAUUCGGCCCGUGAAAAGGUUCAUGUACUUUUGCACAAUAGUUUAAAACCACCCGAAAAGCCUCCAGAACGCGGUACCGAUGAAAAGCAAAUGGCCCUACUGCAACAGAGAAUAUCUCAACUUACAGAAACAAAUAUGGCACUCAAGACUGAAAUCGAACGAUUAAAAGCUAACGUUAUACGUAUGGAGGAAUCGGUCCUCGCCAAUGAGAAACGACUACAGGAGAAGAUGCACGAGUGCGCUCAACUUGGUGGAGAAUUAGACCGAGCGCGCGAUGAGGCUGCUCGGGCGUUACAGAGAGCUAAUGAACGUACUGAAACUGUGCGGAAGUGUAUGCAGACUACUGUAGGAGAGUUAGAAAGGCAAUUAGCUAGCACACGAGCGCAAGUUAAAACAUCCGAGAAGGAAAGAGAAGAGCUACAAUGUCGUAUGCAGUGCCAGAUAAAGAGGUUGAAUGAAAAUUUCGAGCAGGCGCAAUUACGUAUACUGGGGUUACAAACUCAGGUGCAGACUCUCAGGCGUACUGUCAGUAGCACGGGCGAUGGCGAGGGCGACGUCGAUCAGCAGGAAUGUGCUUGCAAAACAUUUUUUGAUAAUCCUUAACUAAAAUUAUAUCUCAUUAAUAUAGUAAUUGUCGCAUCA